AUGAGCGAAAAUACAGAACAACGAGUGUGUAUUAAAUUUUGCCAUAAACUGGGAAAAACGGCUACUGAAACCUAUCAAAUAUUAUUGUUAGCUUAUGGAGAUGAAACCAUGUCCCGUGCUCGCGUUUUUGAAUGGUUUAAACGAUUUAAAGAGGGUAGAACAACUGUUGAAAGUGAUGAACGUGAAAAACACCCAUCAACAAGCCGCAAUGAGGAAAUUAUCCAAAAAAUACGAACAGCAACACGAGGUAACCGUCAUUUGACAAUUAUGGAACUUGGUAAUGAGUUUCAAAUUUCAUUUGGAUCAGUUCAAACCAUAUUGAUGACUAAUUUAGACAUGAGAAGAGUUGCAGCCAAAUUUGUUCCAAAACUACUCUCAGAUGAGCAAAAAGAAAAUCGAAAACAGAUCGCCACUGAUUUACUUGAGUGUUCCAAAUCUGAUGAUUUUUUUUUUAAAUCAAUUAUGACUGGUGACGAGACUUGA